AUGGAAGAGCCUUUCCCAAUUUUUAUAUCUGUAAAUAAUGCGAAUGUUAACAACCUCAAGAAGCGCAUCGAAUGUACCGAGAGGUUCUCUGUGGAUGAGCUCAGGCGUGUCAUUCCAAAACAUUGUUUUCAGCGAUCGAGCAUAAUAUCCCUCGGAUAUCUCAUCGGUGAUAUCUCAUAUGCCGCCGCUCUAGUCAUCGGGGCAUUGCAAAUUCCUUCCAUCCAGAACGACGGUCUUCGGAUUGUAGCAUGGACUCUCUACGGAUUUCUUCAAGGACUUGUAGGUACUGGGAUUUGGAUUCUUGCCCAUGAGUGUGGCCAUAGUGCCUUUUCAUCGAGCACCGUUCUUAAUGAUGCCGUUGGUUGGGUUCUUCAUUCGUCACUUUUAGUGCCUUACUUCUCCUGGAAGAUAACGCAUGCGCGCCACCAUCGAUACACUGGACAUAUGGAGAAGGAUACUGCAUUUGUCCCUCUGACAGAAGCGAAUUUUGCCAGGAAACAUCGGAUGCCCACGAGGGAUUUGGAAAAUUUUAUGCAGGACACUCCGCUUAUGACGCUCGCUCAUUUGAUUGGCCAUCAAUUGGCUGGUUGGCAACUAUAUCUUUGCCUCUAUAAGACUGGUGGAAGAUAUAGUAUUCCUAACGGAGAUAUUGCGAAGCAAGGGAUACUUUCGCAUUUCGAUCCCUACAGUCCUAUUUUUACACAGAAACAGCGGACCGCCGUUCUUUUCUCUGAUAUAGGAAUCUCCAUCAUGGGCACUAUAUUGUUCAAGGUGGGAAGAUGUUUUGGAUUCUAUAACAUCUUUGCACUAUAUUUUGUGCCCUACCUAUGGGUUCAUCACUGGCUAGUCGCCAUCACAUAUCUUCAUCACACGCAUCCAGCAGUUCCCCACUACUCUGCAGCCACUUGGUCAUUCAAAAAGGGAGCUCUCGGUACAGUGGAUCGCAAUUUCGGGUUCAUUGGCCGUCAUUUCUUCCAUGACAUAAUUGAUCAUCAUGUCAUCCACCAUCUAUUUCCUAAGAUUCCAUUUUACAGAUCAGAAGAGGCAACUACCGCAAUCAAGCCCCUGCUAGGGCCGGCAUAUAUUGAACGAAAAGAGGAUUUCUUCCUUCUCUCACUUUGGAGAACGUUCCGACAAUGUCAGUAUGUUUCAGACGCCGACAAGUCCGAUGAAAACUCCGGAAUAUUCGAAUGGAGAUAG